AUGUCGGCCGUAGAGAAGGAAAUACUCAGGAUACUGGACAUAGAUGACACUGUGGUGUCAGAGUUUGUUUUAAACAUUUAUGCGCAGAGCGAUGACAUCCAAAGCUUUAAGAAACAGCUUCUGGAUCUAGAUGUGGGAAUCGAUGAAGCGCGUACCGAUGAGCUAUACUGCUGCAUAGAGAAACACAAAGGGCAGAUACCAGGCGAUGGCGAUGCAAGUGGUACGACAAACGAGCUACAACAGCUGCUGAAGGCGGAGCUUGGCGUGGACGACCCGGUGGUCGCCGAGUAUGUUGCAGACAUCUACUCGAAGCACAAGUCACUGACCAAAUUUCAUGAAAAACUCUCCGAGAUAGACAGUGGGCUGAGUUCGGCUUCGAUAUUCAAGAUCCACAAGCUUCUGAGGCAGACUUGUCCCACGGGGGAGAAGACCGAAGCGCCCAAGGCGGACGUCUCAGCACUCUGCCUGCCGAAUCGAGAGGCUAGGUGGGAUGACAUUAGAGGCGAGGGCUUCAUGGAGCCGGAGUUGGAUGUCACGCCCAUUGAGGGAAAAAUCUACCGCGCAGUUAUUCGCAACAUCAAGCCGUUCGGAUGUUUUGCGAGGGUAUUGGGAACUAAACGCAGCUGUGAAGGCCUCAUACACAUUUCGCAACUAUCUCACAGUAGAGUGGGGUCUCCUAACGAUGUGGUUUCCGUUGGUGAUCACGUAUAUGUCAAGAUAACCAAGGUGCAGGAUAACGGGAAACUUUCUUUGAGUAUGAGGGAAGUCGAUCAAGCUACCGGGCAGACUGCCACUGUCAAUCGCGGCAGAUCUGACGAGCGUACAGUAUAUCGUCGUCAGCUUAGCUCGCCUGAAAGAUGGGAGAUACGGCAAAUGAUACAAAGCGGCGUUUCGUCCAUAGAUGACUACCCAGAACUCAAGGAAGAACUCAGUCACCUGCAACAACAGACCCAGGUCGCUGGGAGCAAGCAUAGUAAUGAGAGUGAUGAACUGAUAGAUGUAGAACUGAAUACGGAGCAUGAGCCGAAGUUCCUGUCGGGACACACAGCAACAGCUAAGAAACCCGAACUCCCCACAAUUGUGAAGCUGCCAAAGGGAUCUCUAAAUAACACGGCCAUGACAGGGUCGAAACUGCUGCAAGAACAUCGGCAAGAGAAGCUAGCCCUCCAGAAAAGUACCGAUAAGAAGGAAAGAUUACUCAGAGAACUGGAUGAUUCUGGGCAUAAAAAGAAAGCGUUCGAAGAUAAACAACGGGCCCUUACCGCUUGGGAACGGAAACGGAUGGCCGAAAAGGUGACCUAUGGCAAGAGGACCAAUCUAUCAAUAAAACAGCAAAGGGAAUCGUUGCCUGUGUUUAAAAUGCGUGAAACUUUGGUCAGUGCAAUUAGAGAUAACCAGUUUUUGGUCAUUGUCGGUGAGACAGGUUCCGGCAAAACCACACAAAUAACUCAAUAUUUGGAUGAGGAAGGAUUUUCAGUAGGUGGAAUGAUCGGAUGUACACAACCACGUCGUGUGGCAGCAGUAUCGGUUGCUAAAAGAGUGUCAGAAGAAAUGGGUUGUAAGUUGGGUGAAGAUGUGGGAUACACAAUUCGAUUUGAAGAUCAAACUUCCCGUAAAACCAGGAUUAAAUAUAUGACGGACGGUAUGUUACAAGUAGAGGCUUUACUUGACCCAACUAUGUCCAGAUAUUCCGUUAUUAUGCUUGAUGAAGCGCAUGAGCGUACCGUUUCUACUGAUGUUCUCUUUUCCCUUUUGAAGCAAGCUGCCUUGAAACGUCCAGAUCUUCGCGUGAUAGUGACAUCUGCGACACUUGACUCAGAGAAGUUCUCCAAGUAUUUUCUUGAUUGUCCUGUCAUCAAGAUCAGCGGUAAAACGUUCCCAGUUGACGUUAUUUACUCAGAAACUCCUCAACUAGACUACAUUGAAGCUGCUCUUGAUACAGUGAUGGAGAUCCAUAUAAAUGAAAGCCCGGGUGAUAUACUAGUGUUCCUGACUGGUCAGGAGGAAAUCGAUGCAUGUUGCGAAAUCCUUUAUGAACGAGUACAAGCCCUGAAAGAGACAAUUCAAGAACUGCUGAUACUUCCGGUAUAUUCUGCACUUCCCAGCGAAGUUCAGUCCAAGAUAUUUGAGCCUACCCCAAAAGGUUCCAGAAAGGUGAUCUUUGCAACAAACAUUGCAGAAACAUCCAUUACGAUCGACGGUAUUUACUACGUGGUGGACCCCGGUUAUGCGAAGCUCAAUAUUUAUAACCCGAAGAUUGGUAUAGAACAAUUGGUUGUAUCUCCCAUAUCCCAGUCUCAGGCGGAUCAACGUAAGGGAAGAGCUGGUCGGACAGGUCCUGGCAAGUGUUAUCGGUUGUUCACAGAGGCUGCCUUCCACCGGGAAAUGGUUCCGAAUUCGGUACCAGAAAUCCAGCGACAGAACUUGGAGCACACAAUUCUCAUGCUCAAGGCCAUGGGCAUUAAUGACCUACUGAAUUUUGAUUUCAUGGACCCGCCCCCUCGGUCGUCUAUGGUGCACGCGCUGGAAGCGCUAUACAAUUUGCAAGCACUGGACGAAGACGGGUACCUGACACAGCUUGGGAAAAGAAUGUCCCAGUUUCCGAUGGAGCCGGCCCUUUCAAAGUCGCUGAUUGCUUCCGUAGAACAGGGUUGUUCCGACGAAAUCCUGACCAUUAUUGCAAUGCUGUCGGUACAGAACGUUUUUUACCGGCCUAAGGACAAAAUCCAGGAAGCAGAUAAUCGAAAAGCACGGUUCCACCAUCCCUUCGGAGAUCACUUGACUCUGCUCAACAUCUAUAAUCGGUGGCAAGAAAACAAUUUCUCGAAGUCUUUCUGUGCUGAGAACUUCCUGCAUGAACGCCAUCUCAGGCGCGCGAAAGACGUGAAAGAACAACUCAAGCGGAUAUUCAAAAACUUAGACUUACCUAUAAGAAGCUGUCAUGGCAAUGUUGACCUGAUUAGAAAAACGCUGGUAUCCGGCUUCUUCCGAAAUGCGGCUAAGCGGGACCCACAAGUGGGCUACAAGACCAUAGUGGAUGAGACUGCCGUCAGCAUCCACCCCUCCAGUUGCCUUUUUGGAAAGGAAUGUGACUAUGUCAUAUAUCACAGUCUGGUCCUGACUUCCAAGGAAUAUAUGUCGCAAGUGACGCUAAUAGAUCCUAAGUGGUUAAUGGAAAAUGCACCUCAUUUCUACAAACUCUCUGAUCCUUCCGGCGAAAAGCAGAAGCGUCUAAAGAUUGUGCCAUUGCACAAUAGAUUCUCCAAGGAUCAAGACUCAUGGCGCCUAAGCUCUAUCCGCCAAUCCAAGGAGCGUGCACUAGGUAUUAAGCGCUAG